AUGUCUCUUGGCCAAGAGUGCUUAGACUGCAAAUGCGGUGCUCCAAACUGUUUUGGUCACUUAGGGACCUCCUCUGCCUCGGCUUCUGUAACCGCAUCAAAUUCCGGUCCUUCCGCCUCCAUUGGCUCAGGAGGAAGACCGAGCGAGGCGCUCAUACAUUCUACACCUUCAGGUUUCAGCCACUCAAAAGAUAUCGGGCCUGCCUUGACCGUUUCAAAUCUUACCGAGCGUAGAAUGACUGGCGUUAACACUCCAUCAAAGACUGUUACGGCAGUUUGUAGUUCUUCAGAGUUGAUUGCGGCAUCUACUGACAGUGUCACGACUACACUCUCUGCUGGCACAACCGAAGCGUUUUUGCACAGCACUACCUCAACAAAUAGAGGUUCUCAUUUGCCGAGCAACGAGGCAGGGCAUAGUGACCGGAAAACUAGUGGGUCUGAGUCAUCCGGCAGACAGCUUCAGACAGCAUCUAAACGCCAUGAAGAAUCUUGGUGCUUCAGGUACUUUCCCAUUGAUCAGCAUCUUCCUUUUUGGUUUUCCAAAAGCCAUCCGCUCGAGACGUAA